CGUACGGAUAGGCGUUUCAACACCACUUACCCCUACGUACCGCACAUGCAGUUACCUUGGAAUAGUGGAGCCGUGGCUGUUAAUUACUUCGUGCUUCCCGCCUUAUUUUGCACUGGCAUGUGAAUUUAUAUCUCCUUGCUCGCGUUCCAUCUGUCCAACUUCUCUGCGAACCUAGACUACAUAAUCUACCUGCCCUUCCCCUCUUUCUAGGGACCAACCCGUCAGGCUCGUCAUCCCUCCAUUCGUCUUGUUCAAAUACGCAGGCUUACUCUCUCUUUCUCCCCUUCUCCCUCUUGGCCAUCUUUUCACUAUCCAACCAAGCCAACAUGUCUGACGAUGGGCCUCCCCUCUUCCGACCCGUGCCUCGCCGACCCUUCAAAGUAAACUUGGAGGCUCCAACGUCCCGAGACGACAGGUCGCCCUCCCCUAACUCCCAUCACGAUGCGGAUGCUCCGGCGGCCAGCCCACAAUAUAACGGUUUUGCGGCUACGACGCCAUCCGAAUCGACGUCCUUGAGCCGCACGCAGAGCGUCAUCAACCUUACAGGCUCUACCCUCUCCUGGAUAUAUUCUCCCUUGUCAUCAAGCAAAGAUAGGUUCGGCAGGGAAGAACUAGAUUCACCAUGGGGAACCGGCGCCCAGACACCCAUAAAAAGGCCCAACCUCGACGAUGCCACGUUCGAGGUUAUGAAGCAACGCUCUGCCCUCCGAAAUAAACGUUCAGCGCACGCAAACCCCUACAGCACUCUGCCUUCGUCUCCGAAAUCGGCCCUCGCGUCAACGGUCAUGUUCGCGUCCCGAAUCGUCCUCCUCUUUCUCUUGGGCAUGGGAUACGGUGUCUUGGUGACGCGGCUGCAUGAUGGACAGAGAUGGAGGGCGCUCUCCGUUGACGGCAUUAUCAAUACCGGAUAUAACUGGACUAUACUUGUUUUCUGGGGUGCGGCCGGCGUGCUUUUGGGUGCCCUGCUCCCGUGGUUCGAUGGCGUAUGGGAGAGAGCAUUCGGCGACGAUGAUGCAGCGGCGGCAGGAAGGGAGGACGAUUCGCCCGACAGCGAGGAGGACAACCGCGGCACCGACUGGACUCUUAUGGUUCGAGGCAUUGGGGCCUUUGUCGGCAUUGUAUUCGCCAUUCGACGACUUCCGUGGACAUCAUCCCUCCAAGCGUCUCUCACCCUCGCACUCGUCAACCCCUUCCUAUGGUAUCUCAUCGACCGUUCCAAACCGGGUUUCCUCCUCUCCGCCGCGGUAGGGUUGGUGGGCUCAGCCGUGCUUUUGGGCGUCAACCCCGAUAUCAUGCCCACGCCGUCGGUAAUGCCGCACCGGAACGCAUCCGCCAGCGAGAUACACGAGGUGCCGCUGAGCUUUGGCGGCUUCGCGAAGAGGGAAACGGUCGAGGCGGGGAUUUGGAUGCUGAGUGUCUUGUUCUGCAGCUGUGUGUGCUUUGGAAACAUCGGGCGGAGGUUGGCCUUGAGCAACCAGCCUACUACCAGCCAGGGGCGGUUAGCUGAACUCGUGUUCGAAAGGGGACAUCUCUGCUUCUUCUCUCCAGCUGCGCAGGAGGAGAGAUUGUGGCUCCAGCGGAAGUGCAUGUCGUCAGAGAAUUGGACCAAGUCACACGUGCAGCAGCCGCGCCCUCUGAAUCCCCUCAUCCCUUCAUCCCUAAAGAGAUUCGCCCUCCAUGAUCUUUCUCGCACUCCUCCCCCGCCAUUUCCCCACAUCGCCCGUACCUGUAGACCACUGAUUCGACUGGUCCUCCGUUCUCUGCAGGACCCUCGAUCCAUACAUACCUACGCCUUACAGCGAACCACCAAAUCUUCGAUGCUCAGUGUCAUGGCAUCCUUUGCCCUCUACUUCCACAUCCCUUCCACUUCCCAUAUCAACCUGCUCCGUUCCUGGCAUAUCACCUCCCAGUCCCAGGAGCUGUCUGCCAUCCGAUUCCCCCGGGCUGUUUCUACCUCCAUAUAUCUCUCUGGCCGGGCCUGUCGCUUGAAUAAGCCGAGAGUCACUUUCGACCUGGUGGUCACAACGCGCCACCUUGCCGACGUCCCUUUCAUACGCAGCUUCAUACACAUCUUGCCUGUCGCGUUUCCACUCCAUCCUCCACCUCCCCGAUCUGAUCCACUUUAUCCCACUGGGACUAUUUACACGUUGCGAAAAUCGCCCAUCCUGGCUUCUUUGCGCUGGUCGCCUAAAGACGGCGGUGCCUCACACGGCCCGAUGACCUCAGACCAGUCGGCGGUCCUAGAGUGCAGACCAUCGGCCCUUACCUCCGAGCCACCUGGCGAAACCGAGCCCCAGGACGGGAAGGACCAUGGGACGCCGGGCUCAUUUUUCUUCGCUGAUCAGAUCCGCGGCAUUGUCCGUCUGAUUCAAUGUAAAGAAUGCUUCUACCCGCUUCGCGAGCCCGUCACCCUGCCAUGUGGUAGGAGCCUUUGUCGAAGCUGCCUGCCGGAAUCUCGGACUCGGGAGCACAUCACUUAUCCCGCACUACCCAGCAGGCUUCAAGGCUUCAGCUGCCCUUUCCCGGAAUGCGGAAGGGAACACGCUGUGGGCGACUGCUCGACGGAUGUCGUCCUCUCCAAGGUUAUUGACCACUUCAAGGACGUGAUGGACCGGGCCAAGGCCGUUGCGGCUACCGGCGAGGUAACCACGCACGUCAUGAGUAAGGACCCAUGGGUAGUGGCCGGCGUGGGUUCCUUGGCCGAACACAAAAUCAGAUCGCGAGUUGUCCCUGGAGGUCGGCUUCUUGCCACGUACUCUAUGGUUGAGGCGGGCGAACUGGAAUACGAAACCGAGGCGUCCUAUUGCGAAACCUCUUCCGCCGGUGAAGAGGCGGCACUGCGGGCCGACCAUGUCCUCUUCACCAUGGUUAAGGAGAUCAUUCGGACCGAGAUGGACUGCCAGAUCUGCUACGCUAUCUUUCACGACCCCAUCACCACCGUGUGCGGUCACACUUUCUGCCGCAGAUGCCUUCACCGCGUACUCGACCACGCGCUCUUGUGUCCUAUCUGCCGGAGGGGACUGUCGAUUAGCCCCUUGCUCCACCGGCAGUCAUGCCCUCCUAAUCAUUGCCUCUCCAAAAUCAUCGACGUCUUCUGGCCCGAUGCCGUCGAGGCCAGGGAAAAUGCCCUGCUUUCCGAGGUACUGAAUGGGCACCGCGACUUCGACAUCCCGCUUUUCAUUUGCACUCUGGCCUUUCCUCUGAUGCCGACCUUUCUCCACAUCUUCGAACCACUGUAUCGACUCAUGAUUCGACGCGCAUUAGAAGGCAACAGGAUGUUUGGUAUGGUACCCCCCAGCCUUCCACAUCGCGCCAACGACAUGCCUUUCAUGCCCUGCGGCACUGUGCUGCGCAUCGUCAAUGCCGAAUACUUUGAAGAUGGUCGCAGUCUCAUCGAGACGGUAGGAGUAUCUCGCUUCAGGGUGCUAAGGCAUGGUAUAUUGGAGGGGGGGUAUACGGCUGCCAAGACCGAGCGAAUAGACGACGUGAGUGUUGCCGAAGAAGAGGACAGAGAGGUGGCCGAGACGCAAUCCCGGAUCGGGAGCACAGUAGAGGACUCUCUGUCCGAGCCAACCAGGGGACCUAACACGGCAGGUCUUACCUAUGCAGCGGAGAGUCUCGACAGGAUGCCGACCCGUCAACUCCUCGACUUCGCAAUCGCUUUCGUCCGCCGCAUGCAACAGAAGAGCGUGCCGUGGCUGGCCAAUCGCAUCUUGGCCAUUUACGGAGAAUGCCCGGACGACGGCGCACGCUUCCCUUGGUGGUUUGCUAGCAUCUUACCGGUCAAGGACGCCGAGAAAUACAGGCUCCUCGAAACCACGAGCGUACGGGAGAGGUUGAAAAUCUGCUGCCACUGGGCUAUCGAGUGGGAGUCGACGACUGUCGCUGGGCUGGCCUUGGUCUUUAGCCUUUCGGCCCGGGCCCCUUCGCGGUUGCAGGAUUCACCCAAUCUCUGAAUAAACAUCUGGCGCCGUCAUUUCGAAGCGGAGGCACAUUUUUUGUUUCGUUAUUCCUC